AUGUCUUCCUUCAAGUCCAUUGUCGCCCUCGGGCUCAUGACUACUGCUCAGCUUGUUGCUGGCCACGGUGCCAUCAUCAACGCUGUCGGUGAUGCCGGUGGCUCCGGAAUGGCUAUCGGUGUUGACACCAGCACCCCCCGUGACGGAACCAGGAGGAACCCGUUCCAGCAAGACUCGACUCGAUUCAAGGGUGACCAGGCUGACACCUUCGGCGAGACCCUCGGCGGCGGCAACAACAACGUGGAGACCGGCACCAAGGCCAUCAUGGCCGAGACCGGCGACCAACUUCCCCAGGUCUCCCAGGGCGGCGAGAUCAGCAUGACUCUCCACCAGGUCAACGCCGACGGUGGCGGUCCUUACACCUGCAGCAUGAACGCCGACGCAACUGGCGCAACCUGGACCGACAUCCAGGUCACCCAGUCGCCCCCUGGACAGAACUCCCGCAACAGGGACGGUGCCGAGACCGACUUCCCCCUCAAGGCCGCCAUGCCCGCCGAUGCUAGCUGCACUGGCACCGUUGCCGGCCAGGAGAAUGUCUGCCUGGUCAAGUGCAUGAAUGCCGCUCGCGCCGGUCCCUUCGGCGGUGUCGUCCCCGUGCAGAUGGCCAACACCACCACAGCCGCCCAGGCUCGCCGCGCUCUGGCCCGCGCCGUCAAGCGCAGCGACGACGAGGCCCGCGCCAUGGUGAAGCGCGCCAUCAGCCUCAAGGGCCUCUCGCCCGAGGAGAUCGAGGAGCUCCGCGAGGACGGCGAGAUCUAA